CUAAAAAGGAACGUGUUGUUACAGUGAAUUUUUUUUUUAUUGCAAUGUUUAUUUAGUUUAGUCGUAUUUAGGCCUACGCUAAUUUGUGAAGGGAAUACGGACAUGGUUUACAUUUUGUAGCGCUUGGAUAUCUCCGACAAACGCGGAGUUACAACCAGUUUCUCAUUUAAGGUCUCUGCAGGAUGGACAAGAGUCUACUUCCUGGACCUAGCGACAUAGUCAUGACUUCUCCACCCAGCUCGUUCCAGCAAGAACCUCUCACCCCACCCAGAUCCAACCACUCCUCCUCCCUGAAGCCCAAUCAGGUGGGUCAGGUCAUCCUAUAUGGAGUGCCCAUCGUCUCCUUGGUCAUUGAUCACCAGGAGCGCCUGUGCCUGGCUCAGAUCUCCAACACCUUGCUGAAGAACUACAGCUACAACGAGAUCCACAACCGGCGCGUGGCGCUAGGCAUCACCUGUGUGCAGUGCACGCCCGUGCAGCUGGAGAUCCUGCGGCGAGCAGGCGCCAUGCCCAUUUCUUCCCGCCGGUGUGGCAUGAUCACAAAGCGGGAGGCAGAGCGGCUGUGCAAGUCGUUCCUGGGUGAGAACACGCCACCCAAGCUGCCUGACAACUUUGCGUUUGAUGUGACACAUGAGUGUGCAUGGGGCUGCCGGGGCAGCUUCAUCCCUGCACGCUACAACAGCUCCCGAGCCAAGUGCAUCAAGUGCUCUUACUGCAACAUGUACUUCUCACCCAACAAGUUCAUCUUCCACUCGCAUCGCAUGCCUGAGGCCAAGUACACACAGCCAGAUGCCGCCAACUUCAACUCGUGGCGCCGGCAUCUCAAGCUCACGGACAAGUCGCCAGCAGACGACCUGGUGUUCGCUUGGGAGGACGUGAAAGCCAUGUUCAAUGGGGGCAGCCGCAAGAGGGCGCUUCCAUCGUCCCAAUGCCCGCCCAUGGACUCAGUGAAGGCAGUUGGAUCAGUGCUACCGCACAUGAUCUCCUCGGAGCUGGGCCAGAAGCGCGGGAGGUAUGAGGAGGAGGAGGAGUUGGAUGCCGGCAGCCUCUCACCCCGCAAGAACCCACGCAGCUACCCAGUCAUUCCCGUACCCAGCAAGGGCUUCGGCAUGUUGCAGAAGUUCCCGCCCACAUCGCUGUUCCCGGGCCCUUACCCGUUUCCAGCUUUUGGCUUGUGCCAGCAGAAAAAGGAUGAUGGUGAGGCACCUGGUGGGCAGAAAAAUGCCGGCCUGUCAGGCCUGCUGUGGCCAGGGCGCAAGGACACCUUUUACCCACCUUUCUGCAUGUGGUGGCCUCCGAGGGCAGCGGGUGGUAUCCCGGUGCCCACAUACCUGCAGCCCCAGCCCAACACCCUCUCUUCACUAACAGAAGCCCCCUCCCUGCGACAGGCCUUCCUGGACCUUUCUGAGCAGGGAGAUGCUGGCACCGGCACUGGCAUGGGAGCCAACCAAAGGGCAGGGCUCUUCGAGAGUGAGUGCCCGCCCGUUGCCCCUGACCUGCGGCCCACCCCAGAGGGCUGGCUCAAGCUGUUGGACACACCUGCCCUGCAGGCGCGCAAGGCCAGCUACCACUCUGCCUUCCGGCCUGUGGUGAAGGAUGCUGAGAGCAUCGCCAAGCUGCAUGGUGGCGUGGAGGACUUCAGCACCGACCGGCACCCCUCGCCCGGCACCAGCUGCAGCUAUCAGAGCGAGAGUGGUGAGAGUGAUGAAGAGCAGGAGGUAGAUGUGGAGACCAAGCAGGAUGAGGAACACGAGGUCUUCAGUGCUCACCCAGCACUGCCUACGCAGGCAUGCACCCUGCACUUGCAUGGGCUCACCGACAAUGAUGCCAGUGAUCGGGAUAAAGACGCCACCCCCUUCCCCACCAUCCCCCCUGAAAGCAGCGCUGAAGACAAGUCCCGGCUGUCCGCCAGCCCGCCUGCCUCUCUCAGAGUCCCCAGCCCUGUUCACGCCUCGCUGGAGGACACCGCCGUAUACAAAAACUCACACAAGGGCAGAGAGGAUGGACUCCCAGCAUAUGCAACCAAAGACAAAACAACACGUGCAGAAGAAAACAAAGAACAGGGCAAUUUCUUUAUCUCAGAGACUGAAACAUCAGCACCAGAGUACUGGAGGGACAGCACAGCAGAUCAAAAUCAAGAUACACAUUCACCUGCCUCACUUAAGAAGGAUGUUGAAAACAUGGAAAAAGAGGAGCUCCAAAAAGUUCUACUCGAGCAGAUAGAUUUACGGAGACGACUGGAGCAGGAAUUUCAUGCCCUCAAAGGCAGCUCAGCAUUCCCUGUUUUCCACAACUUUCAGGACCAAAUGAAAAGGGAACUGGCAUACCGAGAGGAGAUGGUUCAGCAGCUACAGAUGAUUCCCUAUGCAAACAUUAUCAGAAAAGAAAAAGUUAGUACACAUCUAAACAAAAGCUAAAUGUUUUGGAUAGUGCUAUUUCAAAUGGAACAGGCUGUUCUCAACCUCAGUUAAACACACUGAACACAUCUAUCAUGAUGACUCUAACAAUAUGACAAAUGCAACUAAUGUUGUCUUUUGUCAGAAGAUGCACUCUCAUCAUGCCCUCAUCACAUGCUGAUGAUCUGAAGAUACUGAACUAUGUACAUUUUCCUAAACAAUGAGAAACCAAAAUGCAUAUUUACACUGCGAGAAGUCUGUCUUCUCCACUAGUGCUACUUAACACAUCUUUCAUCAGAUACUUCCUGUACAGUGAGCUCAUUUUGUGUAUUCUUUUAUGUAUUUAUUUAUUUGUAAAACCUGAACAGUGUAUAAAUAUACUGGCUACAGAAAUACCAUACAUAUACAAGAAUGAUGUCUGGGGAAAACACACAGGACAUUUGCUCUUUACUGAAAUUUAUGCCUAAGGUCAGUUGCACAAGCAAGCAAUCUUCUUUAGGCAGCUUGCUUGUUUACAUAAAAUUAAGAAUGUUAUUAUUGUUAAUGCAAAUGUAUUUAAAUAUGUUCUUGUAGUUUCUCUACUAUUUAU